AUGGAGGUUAACGCCUUCCCAAGUGCCGGAAGGUCAAGGAAGUUGAGUGACCUGAUGACAGAGGAGCCGACGAUCGAAGCCCCGGUGAACGGCGACCGUAACUAUAAUGGUCCUAAGGUAGCGAAAUUCCUUACAGGUGUGAGCGUGGAAGAGGAAACAGAGGGGGAUUUGGGAGGUGUGGAAAGGGUAGUGGUGAGGAGGAAGAAAGUGCAGCAAGCCAUUGAAAUGGUGAUGGAUGGAGAUGAGAGUGAAGAAAUGAGGAAGAGAUGUAAAGAGAUUGGUGAGAAGGCGAAUAAGGUAGUGGAAAAAGGAGGUUCGUGCUUUUGCUCGUGA